CUUUCUCUCUUCCAGCCUGCCUCUCCACCUUCCUUUCCAGCUUUCUCUUCUCUUCUCUGCCGGCUCUGUUCGUCUCUUUCCAUCCUUCCUCGCUCUCCUCUUCUUUGCCCCCCUCUUCUCCCUAAGCCACUUUCUUUCCAUUCCUCCCCCUCGCUGCCGCUGCCCCCUCCUCCCUUCCCUACUUUCUCCCCUUCCCCCCCCCCCAAGCUAGAGUCUCCAAUCCUCCCCAGGAGUUUAUGAGUUUUAUCACCUCUUGCCUGGACAGCGAUUUGGGAUUCCGCCUUGCUCCCUAGAAGAAGGCCGGAGGAUCUUGUCCCUCCAGCCUGGUCUUUGCCGUUGCAACCAGGAUUCGAAUCUGCCACCCGUCCACCAGAGAUGCCGUCGGGGUUCCAGCAGAUAAGCGGAGAGGAGGAGGGCUUGGAGGAUACCGGGAGCAGGAUAACCUCCACCUUGGUCUUGUCGGUGUUCACAGCAGUCUUGGGGUCCUUGCAGUUUGGCUACAACAUCGGUGUCAUCAAUGCGCCUCAAAAGGUCAUCGAACAAAGCUACAAUGCCACGUGGAUGGAGCGCCAGGGCAAAGAGGAGCCGACGCCCAUUGACCCCGACACCCUCACCACGCUCUGGUCCUUGUCUGUCGCCAUCUUCUCCAUCGGGGGCAUGAUCUCCUCUUUUAUGGUGGGCAUCGUCUCAGAAUGGCUGGGCAGGAAGAGGGCCAUGAUUGUGAACAACGCCCUGGCCUUUGUCGGAGGUGCCCUGAUGGGCCUGGCGCAGGUCGGGAAGUCGUACGAGAUGAUGAUUCUGGGCCGUUUCCUCAUCGGCGUCUUCUCAGGUUUCGCUUCAGGCCUUGUCCCCAUGUAUGUGGGAGAAAUCUCCCCCACCAACCUGCGGGGGGCGCUGGGAACGCUACAUCAACUGGCCAUCGUCACGGGGAUCCUUAUCGCCCAGGUGUUUGGCCUGGAUACCAUCCUGGGCACCAAGCUCUUGUGGCCCCUCCUGAUGGGCCUGACCGUGGUGCCCUCCGCGCUCCAGUUGCUGCUCUUCCCCUUCUGCCCGGAGAGCCCUCGGUACCUCUACAUCAUCCGCAACAAGGAGUCCAAGGCCAAAGAAAGCCUCAAGCGGCUGACGGGCUGCACGGACGUGAGCGCCGCCCUGAACGAGAUGAAGGAAGAGAAGCGGCGCAUGGACAUGGAGCGCAAGGUCUCCAUCCUGGAGCUCUUCCGCUCCCGCAUGUACCGCCAGCCCCUGCUCAUCGCCGUCAUCCUGCAGCUCUCCCAGCAGUUGUCCGGCAUCAACGCUAUAUUCUAUUACUCAACUGACAUCUUCACCAAGGCGAAGGUGACCAACGCUGCCUACGCCACCAUUGGAGCUGGGGUGAUCAACACGGUGUUCACGAUCAUUUCGGUGUUCUUGGUGGAGCGGGCAGGGAGACGCACCCUGCACAUGCUGGGCCUGGCGGGGAUGUGUGUGUGCGCCUUCCUGAUGACAGCCGCCCUCGCCCUGCAGGAGAAAGUGGAGUCCAUCAGCUAUCUCAGCAUGGUGUCCGUCUUUGGCUUCGUGGCCUUCUUCGAGAUCGGGCCGGGGCCCAUCCCGUGGUUCAUCGUGGCCGAGCUCUUCAGCCAGGGGCCCCGCCCGGCCGCCAUGGCCGUGGCCGGGUUCGCCAACUGGACUUGCAACUUCAUCAUCGGCAUGAGCUUCCCGUCGAUUGCUGACCGGUGUGGCCCCUACGUCUUCCUCAUCUUCGCCGUUCUCCUCCUGGUCUUCUUGGGCUUCACCUACCUCAAGGUGCCUGAGACGCGCGGGCGCACCUUCGAUCAGAUCGCCGCCGGAUUCCGACGCACCCCGUCCUUGCUGGACCACGAGGUCAAGCCGUACACAGAGCUGGACGAACUAAGCCCGGGGAACCACGACUGAGUCACAGGACUGGCGGGAGCUGCCCACCAAAGGACGCAGGAGGGAAUGUGGGGUCAGGGGAGGUGGGGAGGAGCCGUCUAGCACUUUAUGAUCUCGCAAGACUUAGAGUCUAACACGCAGGCAGAGUUGAACCUCUCUCUUUAGGUCAUUAGGUUUUUUUUAGACUUGAUGCAUUUUAAUUUCUUGUAUUUUUUUUAAAGAAAUUAAUUUAAUAAAACAGGGCUGCCAAGUUUAUUAUUUUGGGGGGUUUGCGUAGGAGCUAUCAGUCCCUUCCCACCUUUCAGCAGUGUUUUGGCUUUGAGGCGUUCCAAGAAGACACACGUUUUAUUGCUGCAAAGGAGGUACUGGUGGGGGACUCACAGAGCGCGCGUGCCUUUGGCCACCAUUUUUCCCAUCAGGGACUCUGUUUGCCUUGGGAGCAAAGACCAAGGAUGCUGAGAAAUGCAGGAUGUGGAAAGGGGUCAUUAUGAGGAGAGAUCUUCUGAUUUAUACAUGAAUGUUAAUUUUAUGGAACCAGGGUUGAUCCCUUCCGCCUUGUAAUCAGUGGAGGGCUCAGCCUUGGAAUAUGGAAAGUCAUCAAGAAGAGUGUUCCGGAGCCUGCACUGAGUACAACUCACACACUGGGGCUUUGGUGCCAGGGCUCCUGGGCUGGAACCUGAGUCUCUUUUGCUCUAGAAAUGAAGCACUGGAAGAAUAAUCCAGAUGAGCAAUGCGAACUUCUUAUAACACCGAACUCUGGAGCCUGAAGAACCACAAGCUGUUUUUGCACCUAAGUGGCACAUGGCCGUGUGGUCUCUGCUACGCCUGGCGUGGUUCCCACGUAAGCAAUAAAGGGUCACG